GAUGAACUAGCGUUUGUCGAGUGUUGAAAAUGGCGGAUAUGAACCCAUUUGAUUUGCUGGGUGAUGAUGACAACGAUGAUCCAUCUAACCUCAUUGCUCUUCACCUCCAAAAAGUUGAUCCAGCGGCUAAGAAACCCUCAGCUCCGGCGCCGCCGGCUAAGAAGCAGCCGGCUAAGCUCCCCACCAAGCCUCCUCCACCGACUCAAGCUGUCAGGGAGGCAAAAACAGAAUUUGGACGUGGAGGAGGUAGAGGCGGUGGACGUGGCUACAGCCGUGGUCGUGGUGGAGGUGGGUUUAAUAGGGAAGCAUCCAACAAUGAGAAUUUUACUCGCGACAGAGAAUUUUCUGGUGGUGUAGCUGCACGUGAAUACGUGGAAGGAGGAAGACCGUCUGAAAGACGUGGUGGUUAUGGUGGACCCCGUACUUUCCGUGGUGGUCGUCAAAGUGGUUUUAGUAAUGGAGAAUUGCCUGAGGGAGACCGGCCUCGUAGGACAUUUGAACGCCAUAGUGGUACUGGCCGCGGAGGUGAGAUAAAGCGUGAAGGAGCUGGCCGAGGAAAUUGGGGAACUGAAGCAGAUGAAGUUACUCAGAUGACUGAUGAAGUAGCUAAUGAAGUCGAGAAAAAUCUGAAUGUGGAGAAACCCUCCGCAGAGGAAGAAGCAGGAGGCGACAAGAAGGAGAAUCCAGCUGCUGAAGCUGAGGACAAGGAACCUGAAAAUAAGGAGAUGACCCUUGAAGAGUACGAGAAGUUGCUAGAAGAAAAACGGAAGGCUUUGCAGGCACUUAAAACUGAGGAAAGGAAGGUCGACACUAAAGUGUUUGCAUCCAUGCAACAGCUUUCAAAGAAAUCCAGUGAUGAUGAAAUCUUCAUUAAAUUGGGCUCCAAGGAUAAGCGAAGAGAGUCUGCUGAGAAGGAAGAGAAGGCAAAGAAGGCAGUCAGCAUUAAUGAGUUUUUGAAGCCUGCUGAGGGUGAGAGGUAUUAUGCACCUGGUGGUCGAGGUCGAGGUCGUGGCCGUGGUUCUAGAGGAGGUUACAGUGGAGCCAACACGGCGAGCAAUGUGGAAGCUGCCCCUCCCAUUGAAGAUCCGGGUCACUUCCCUACAUUGGGUGGCAAGUGAUGAUUUGUUAGUGCUUUCCUCCCAUGUCCAACAGGCAAAUUGACUAAAAUAAUCGAGUGAAAAUGUCAGUUUCUGACGGUUAUGCCUUCAAUGUAAAUUUCUUGCCUCCAUGUGAUCCCCUCUGUAGUGUUUUUCUUUUUUUCCUGACGUGUCACUCGUUUGAUAUACUGGGUUAUAUGAAGCACAUUAACUUAA